UGAGCGGCGGUUGAGUGAGGGUCGGUGGGGCGCCGCGGCCAUGGUGGCGCACGACGAGCUCGGUGGGCUGCUGCCCAUCAAAAGGACUAUCCGGGUCAUCGACGCGCAGAACCAGCACUUCAGGGAGCAGGAGGAGCCAAGCACUAAACGGGUCCGGCCUUUAGCACGAGUCACCUCCCUGGCAAACCUGAUCUCCCCUGUCAGAAAUGGGGCGGUUCGACGCUUUGGGCAGACAAUCCAGUCGUUCACCCUUCGCAGCGACAGCAAAUCCCCCGGCUGUGCCCAGAAAUCAUGCAGCAGAUCUGCUGCUCCUACUCCCCCUAAGAGGAGGAACAGUGUCCUUUGGUCUGAAACGUUGGAUACCAACACGAAAGAAUCCCUGAGCACCAAAGAAAUCAAGCGCCAGGAGGCCAUCUAUGAAAUGUCCAGGGGAGAGCAGGACCUGAUUGAAGACCUGAAGCUGGCCAGAAAGGCCUACCACGAUCCCAUGCUGAAACUCUCCAUCAUGUCUGAGGAGGAACUCACCCACAUUUUUGGGGACUUGGAUUCCUACAUUCCUCUGCACGAAGACUUACUGGCAAGUUUGGGAGAAGCAACAAAACCAGAUGGGACAGUGGAGCAGAUUGGGCCCAUCCUUGUGAAGUGGUUACCCCAGCUCCACGCCUACAAAGGCUACUGCAGCAAUCAGCUGGCAGCCAAAGCGCUCCUGGAUCAGAAGAAGCAGGACAGGAGAGUCCAGGAUUUCCUGCAGCGCUGCCUGGAGUCUCCCUUCAGCCGCAAGCUGGACCUUUGGAGCUUCCUGGACAUCCCUCGGAGCCGCCUGGUGAAAUACCCCCUGCUCCUCAAGGAGAUCCUGAGGCACACUCCCAAAGACCAUCCCGAUAUCCACAUCCUGGAGGAAGCCAUAUCCAUAAUCCAAGGAGUCCUCUCUGACAUCAACCUGAAGAAGGGCGAGUCCGAGUGCCAGUACUACAUUGACAAGCUGGAAUACCUGGAUGAGAAGCAGAAGGAUCCAAGGAUUGAAGGCAGCAAAGCUUUGCUGUGCCACGGGGAGCUGAAGAAUAAAAACGGACACAAGCUCUACGUCUUCCUCUUCCAAGAAAUCCUGGUGCUGACGCGGCCGGUGAGCCGGAACGAGCGCCAGGCGUUCCAGGUGUACCGCCAGCCCAUCCCUGUCCAGGAGCUGCUCCUCGAAGACCUCCAGGAUGGAGAUGUCAAAAUGGGAGGCUCCUUCCGAGGAGCUUUUGGGAAUUCUGAUAAAGCCAAAAACAUUUUCCGAGUCCGUUUCCAGGAUCCCGCGGCGGGCCAGUCGCACACGCUGCAGGCCAACGACGUCUUCCACAAGCAACAGUGGGUGAACUGCAUCCGCACGGCCAUCGCCCCGUUCCGGAGGAACGUUCCCGAGCUCCAGGAGCUGCCGGAGCUGAGCGAGGAGUCGGAGGAGAACAACCCGGCCGUGCCCAACAUCCCGGCCCAAAAACGCCGCUCGGGAAUAUCCCAGAUGGAGCUGGACGAGAGCGCGGCCGAGUGCGGCUCCGUCCUGGACUCGGAGGAAGCCAAAGGGAUGAGAUCCCACAGAACCUCAUCCGGGCACAGAAAAUCCAGGGAGAAGCAGCUCAGCGGGAAACGGAAAGAAACGCUGGUGUAAGGAAAAAAAAUAACCAAACCAAAAAA